AUGGCGCCGCCGUCCUCCGAAGAGCCUGCCGCCGCCGCCGCCGCCGAGCCCGCUGGAGCCGGCGCCAUCUCCAAGGUCCUCGUCGUCAUAGCGAUGCAGACGGAGGCGCUCCCGCUCGUCACCCGGUUCCAGCUCGUCGAGGCGGCCGCCGACGAAUCCAUCUUUCCGAAAGGUGCCCCUUGGACUCGGUACCAUGGUGACUACAAAGGCCUCCACAUCGAUCUCGUGUGGCCUGGAAAAGAUCCUCUGCUUGGAGUUGACAGUGUCGGUACAGUAUCCGCAGCUCUGGUGACUUAUGCUUGUAUACAGUUGUUGAAGCCAGACCUUAUCAUCAACGCUGGUACUGCUGGUGGUUUUAAGGCCAGAGGAGCAGGUAUUGGGGAUGUCUUCUUAGCUUCAGAUGUUGCAUUCCAUGACAGGAGAAUACCCAUUCCUGUUUUUGACAGUUAUGGAGUUGGAGCGCGAAAAACAUUUGCAACCCCAAAUAUAGUGAAGGAACUCAAUUUGAAGGUUGGGAAACUGUCAACUGGUGAUUCUCUGGACAUGUCCCCCCAUGAUGAGACAGCAAUACUGAGCAAUGAAGCUACGGUCAAGGAUAUGGAGGGGGCAGCGGUGGCAUAUGUUGCUGACUUGUUCUCGACACCCGCUAUCUUUGUCAAAGCUGUGACUGACAUUGUUGAUGGGGAGAAGCCAACAGCCGAGGAGUUUCUGCAAAACCUGAUCUCAGUGACGAUGGCGCUUGACCAGGCAGUCAUGCAAGUGGUAGACUUCAUCAGUGGCAAAUGUAUCUCUGAUCUCUGA